AUGUCGAACAAGUGCCACCGAUUUGAAGGGAAAGUAGCAAUCGUGACUGCGGCUACAAAAGGAAUCGGUCUCGCCAUUGCUGAAAGACUUUUGGCUGAAGGAGCAUCAGUUGUUAUUGGAAGUAGAAAUCAGAAAAAUGUAGAUGAAGCAAUUGAGUAUCUGAAGAAAAAAGGAUUGACAAAAGUAGCUGGAAUUGCUGGACACAUUGCAAGUACCGACGAUCAACAGAAACUCGUUGAUUUCACUCUUCAAAAGUUCGGCAAGAUCAAUGUUCUUGUGAACAACCAUGGUAUCAACCCAGCAUUUGGUCACAUUCUGGAAGUCUCUGAUCAAGUUUGGGACAAGUUAUUUGAAGUGAAUGUGAAAGCUGGAUUCCAAAUGACAAAACUAGUUGCUCCACAUAUUGCGAAAGAAGGAGGUGGCGCGAUUGUCUUCAAUUCAUCGUAUUCUGCAUACAAGAGUCCACCAGGAAUCGCUGCUUACGGUAUCACCAAGACAGCUUUAGUUGGUCUCACCAGAGCAUUGGCAAUGGGAUUGGCGAAGGAUAAUAUCCGAGUUAAUGGAAUUGCUCCUGGAGUUAUCAAGACCAAAAUGAGUGAAGUGCUUUGGAACGGAGGCGAGGAAUCUGAAAAGGAUCUGACUGAUGCUCAAGAGAUUGCUCUUGGCAGACUUGGAGUUCCAGAAGAUUGCGCUGGAACUGUUGCAUACUUGGCAUCAGAAGACUCUUCAUAUAUCACUGGAGAAAUGAUUAUCAUUGCUGGAGGCGUUCAGGCACGUCUUUAA